AAAGCACCUCCGCAGCAGACGGCGACGGCGACCAUUGACACACUGAGUGGCCGCUUGCAGUCUGCCACAUUGCUGGAAGACCGUCGCGCUGCCAUCCAGGGCCUCAGAAGCUUCGCAAAACAAUACCCGGCCUCAGUAGCCAGCGGCUCACUCCGAGAGCUCAUAUCAACAUUAAAGAAAGAUGGCCUGGGAGAUGCCAGCUCAAGUCAAGGCCAGGACGAUGGCCGGCAAGGGACAGAGGGUGGUGAUGUGGACACAAUCAGGCUGGUGUUGGAGACACUGCUUAUGCUGUUCAAUCCCGACAGCAACUCUCCUGAGGCUGGAGAUGAGAUUGCCCUCUUCCUGGCCGAUGAGUUCUCAAUGCGCCAAGACAACAUUACCUUGCUCCUAAACCUCCUCGAUCCCACAUCUGCAUACGCCGACUACUACUCGCGGUUGUACUCCGUGCAGAUACUGUCCUCCAUAUGCGCUGCUCGACCCGACCGAUUGCAAGAAUGCAUCCUGUCAGCCCCUCUGGGGUUGUCGCGACUGGUCGGCGUCUUGGACGAUUCGCGAGACGCUGUACGGAACGCAGGUCUCCUACUUCUAGUCGAUCUCACAAGCGGUGCAAAUGAAGAGCUUAGGAAAAUCGUUGCGUUCGAGGAUGUCUUUGGGAAGACGUUCAGCCUGAUACAGCUCGAAGGUGGCUUGUCCGAAGCAGGCAUUACAGCGCAGGACUGUCUGACUCUGCUCGCGAAUCUGAUCAAAGGUUCUGCCAGCAACCAGACCAUGUUCCGAGAAUCUGGCUGUGUUGCGCAGUUGAUGCAGCUUCUGCAGCAGUCUUUUCCACGCGACGACGAACUACCAACCGACACGCAGGCACGCGAGAGGGCAGCUUGGGGUUUAUUACAGCUGCUGCGCUUGUUCCUCGCAUCAGGAGAGUCAAGCACACCGCAGAAUCAAGUCGCCUUCUUCAGAGCUGGCACCGGCCAGAUUCUGAUCGACCUUGCCUUCUCGCCAGCGCUACCCACCACAAUCCGCGCGACCGCAUUACGCGCUGCUGCUGCUUUGAUCGAGUCGAAUCCGCCUCUCCAAGAACAAUUUGCCUCUUCAACAGUUAUAACACCUGCAGAUGCCGAACAUAACGCAGCAGAGGCACAGAAGCAUGCUCAAACCAACGGAACUGCGCCAAAUGGACGUGCCAAAACGAGUGCCCGGCCCAGUGUGGAGAACCGCCGAACAUAUGUCAUCGAAGCACUUCUACAUCUCGCCCUGGACCAAGCAACAGCAGAAGAGACACUGCGUGGUGCUGCUUGUGCGCUCAUCCAAGCCUAUCUCACCAAUCACGACAGAAUAAAAGCUCACUUUCUUCAACGCGCGAUUGGUGGGCAUGCGGAAGGCGAAACAGCUGCCAAUGUCAUCGUGACACUCCUCCACCCAGCUGAAAAUGACGAUACUGGCGUGGUGCACGCUUCUUGGAUUGUGCAGGGCCUGAUAGUCGACCAGCCAGAAGCGAAGGCCGCUUUAUUGGCUGUCAAGGAGGGAGACGAGGAGGAAGGUGAGGAUGUCAUUACAGCAGUCCGCGGUUUCGGCUCUCAGCUUCAGGCCGCCCUUCAAGCACCUGUCCAUGUCAGACAAGCCGCUGCAUAUUCAAGCCAACUCGCUACUCUACUCUGGGACUUCGCGCCUGGGGUGGACGACUUGCUCGAGGAGGGAUCCAGCUUGGUCCAGGCACUCGUGGCUACAGUCAAGACACCAACAGACCCGAUCGUGGCUGGCCUGUCCGCCGUACUCCUCGGCGUAAUUUACGAAUUCAGCACCAAAGACUCUCCAAUACCACGCCGAACGCUAGCACCACUCCUUCAGCAGAAGCUUGGACGGGCUAAGUACCUGGACGCACUUUUGCAGUUGCGACGAGAGCCAGCAAUUCGCGACUUCGACCUUGACGCUGAAUCAGAUGAAGCUGGCGAUGGCAUGCUCAGUAAUGUGUUUGUCGAUCUCUUCACAGUGGAAUACACCCGCUUAAGACGAGCCAUCGACAAAGAUCCUGGUGUUGAAGUGAUACCCGGCGGAGUGGUAGAGGCUGGUGUCGAUCGUGACAUACUUGAUGAGUUACGGCAACAAGCUCAAACAGCCAAGGAUGCUCUAGCCACAGCACAGCAAGAAGCUGUCGAAGCCACACAGAAAGCAGAGCAAGACCGGAUGUCAAUAUCGAAGGAAUUGCAAACGGCCCAGUCGGAGGUCGAGCGCUUGCGAAAGAUCAACCAAGCCAUGCAACAGGGACAUGACAGCGAGUUAGAGAAGCUGACCAAAAAACAUGAGCAGGAUCGGAACACUUCACAGACGAGACACCAGCAUGCUUUGAACAGCGCGCUCGACGCACAGCUCACGGAAGCGAAGUCUGAUCUCGAGGAUGCCGAGAGGAGGGCAUCUGAAAACGAGACCAAGAUUGCUGCAGUGCAGAAGAGAGCGACUGAUGCAGAGUCGGCAUUUAAGGAGGCCCACAAGAAAGCCACCAAUGCUGAUGCCAAAGUCAAGGAAGCUGAGAGCAAAAUUGCUGAUCUAGAGAAAAGGGCAUCAGAAGCCGAGAAGAAGCUCAACACUGCCGAAAGCAAGGCCAAAGAUUUGCAAAAGAAGCUCAAGGAUGCCGAGGAGAAGGCCAGUACUGCAGAAAAGAAGGCUGCCGAAAGCGCGAAAGCACUAAAGGCCAAGCCAACACUCAGCAAGGAAGACAAGGACAAGAUCGCCAAGGUCGACAAGUUGGAGAAAGAUCUCGCGGAUGCAAAGAAGCAAGUCGCGGUAGCGAAGAAGGCUCUUGCUGCAAAAGGUGAUGCAGGCAAAGACGAUGCCGUCAAGCUUGCACAACUUGAAAGCGACCUUGCAACCAAGGACGAAGAGCUCACCAAAGCCCAGGAAAGCGAGAAAGCGGCGAAAGAGCAACUCAGUCAACUCGAAGAAGACUUCGACAAAGUCAAGAAGGAGCUGGAAGAUUCGACCGAGUCUGCCGAGGAGAACCUCAAGAAGACCAAGCAAGAACUUGAAGAAGCCAAGUCUUCUGCCGAAGAAGAGCUCGAAAAGACCAAAGCAGAACUUUCUGCGGCUAAGAAGUCUGCCGAGGAUCAACAUCAAAAGACCAAGACCGAACUCAAGUCUGCAAAAGAAGCGGCAGAAUCCCUACAAUCCGAACUCGAGGCAUCCAAGAAAUCUCUCGAACAAGCUCAAAAGCAAGCGCAAAAGGCUGUGGCCGAAGCUAAGGAAAACGAGAAACAGGCCAAAGAGGAGUUGGAAAGUAUGUUACUUGUUAUGGGUGAUAUUGAGGCUAAGAGGGAUGAGUAUAAGGCGAAGAUCAAGGUGUUGGGUGGGGAGGUCAGUGAGGAUGAGAAUGAGGAUGACAGUGAGGAGGAGAGUGAAGGUGAUGAUGAU